AUGUCUAAGCUCUUCGUGCACGGCCUUUCUUGGCAUACCAAUGAUGAUACCCUUCGAGAGGGAUUCCAGCAGUUUGGCGAGAUCCAGGAAGCUAUCGUCGUCAAGGAUCGUGCAACAUUGCGCAGUCGCGGAUUUGGUUUUGUUCGCUUCGCCACUGAUGCCGAGGCAGAUGCGGCGAUGAAUGCGAUGAACAAUGUCGAAUUUGACGGUCGGACGAUUCGCGUUGACAAGGCAUUUGACCGUCCCGCCCGCCCGGAGGGCGGUUUCCAGGGUCGCGGCGGGUAUAACCAGCAACCUGGUGGAGGAUACCAACCUGGUGGUGCCAGUGGUGGUUAUCAAGGCGGCGGUGGCUACCAGCAGGGUGGUGGUCGCGGAGGCUACGGUGGCUACAACCAGUAUGGUAACGGUAGUGGUGGAGGAGGAGGUGGCUAUGGUGGUAGUGGGUAUGGCGGCGGUUAUGGUGAGUACCCUAUCUUGCGUGCCUUGGUUCAGCAACAGCGCAAAUUACUGAUAUGA